AUACGGGUGGGAAAGGAAAAUCGCGGCUGGAGUACUCGAGCACUCAGCGUCUACAGUCAUGGCUGAACGCCGCGCAUUUGCACAGAAAAUCAGCAGGACUGUAGCAGCUGAGGUCAGGAAACAGAUUGCUGGUCAGUAUGGAGGCUCCCCUCAGCUUCUUAAAAACCUCGGUGUGAGUGGCAAUGCAACUAGCAAUGCCAUUCCCCUGACAGAAGCAGUGGAGCCGGUGGAUUUCGAGGACUAUUUAAUCACACAUCCACCUGUUAUAGAGUCAGGACCUCUGAGAGAUCUCAUUGAGUUUCCUCCAGAUGAUAUUGAAGUGCUGUAUACUCCAAGAGAGUGUCGAACUCUUGGCCAAGCUGUGCCUGAGGAAGGUGACAACGAUGCUCACGUCAGAGACUGUGUUCGCUCUUAUACUGAGGACUGGGCUGUUGUUAACCGCAAGUACCACAAGCUUGGCACUGCAUUUAAUCCCAACACUCUGGACAAGCAGAAGGAGAGACAGAGAGGUUUACCAAAACAGGUUUUUGAGUCAGAUGAGUUGCCAGAUCACAGCAGCUAUCAGGACGAUCAGGAUGAUCUAAAGCGGAGGUCUAUGUCCAUAGAUGACACUCCACGGGGCAGUUGGGCUUGCAGUAUAUUUGACCUGAAGAACUCUCAGCCUGAUGCUCUGCUGCCACACCUUCUGGAUCGAGUGCCUAAUGAGGAGAUCGACCGUCACAAUGAAGACCAGCGCAUGUCAAACCGUCAUCGAGAGCUCUUUGCGCUGCACCCCGCUCUGGAUGAGGAAGAUCCAAUUGAGCGCCACUGUGUUCCCGAUGUUCCAAAAGAGCAUUUUGGUCAGAGGCUUUUAGUUAAGUGUUUGUCCUUGAAGUUUGAGAUAGAAAUUGAGCCAAUAUUCGCAAGUUUGGCCUUAUAUGAUAUCAAGGAAAAGAAAAAGAUAUCAGAGAAUUUUUACUUUGAUUUGAACUCGGAGCAAACAAAGGCCAUGCUCCGACCACACAUCCCGUCUGCUGCUAUCUCCACCCUGGCCCGUUCUGCUGUUUUCUCCAUAACCUACCCUUCACAAGACGUCUUUCUUGUCAUCAAGCUGGAGAAGGUUCUACAGCAGGGAGAUAUUGGAGAGUCUGCUGAACCUUACAUGGUCUUCAAAGAAUCUGACACAGCCAAAAAUAAGGAAAAGCUUGAGAAGUUGCGUGGUCAGGCGGACCAGUUCUGUCAGCGACUGGGGCGCUACCGCAUGCCCUUCGCCUGGACGGCCAUACACCUCAUGAACAUUGUGAACAGUGCAGGCAGUCUGGAGAGAGACACUGAGGUGGAGAUGGGUCUGUCAGAGCGGAAAGGUUCAUGGUCAGAGCGGAGGAACUCGAGUAUUGUGGGACGCCGCUCACUGGAGAGAACCACAAGCGGAGACGAGUCGUGCAGUCUGACCAGCUUCAGGCCUGCCACCCUGACUGUCACCAACUUCUUCAAACAGGAGGGAGAUCGGCUGAGCGAUGAAGACCUGUUCAAGUUCUUAGCUGACAUGAGGCGUCCCUCAUCUGUGCUGCGUAGACUGAGGCCCAUUACAGCUCAGUUAAAGAUCGACAUCUCACCGGCCCCUGAGAGCCCUCACUAUUGCCUGACCCCUGAUCUACUCCAAGUUAAGCCCUACCCAGACAGUCGAGUACGGCCAACGAAAGAGAUCUUGGAGUUUCCCGCCAGGGACGUUUAUGUGCCCAGCACCACAUACAGGAACCUCCUGUAUGUAUACUCACAGAGCCUGAACUUUGCCAAUCGUCAAGGCUCCGCUCGGAACAUUACAGUUAAAGUACAGUUCAUGAAUGGGGAAGAUCCGAGCAAUGCAAUGCCGGUAAUCUUUGGUAAAUCCAGCUGUGCAGAGUAUUCUAAGGAGGCAUACACUGCUGUGGUCUAUCAUAAUCGUUCGCCAGACCUCCAUGAUGAAGUAAAAAUAAAGCUGCCAGCCUCACUGACCGACCACCAUCACAUUCUCUUCACUUUCUACCACGUCAGCUGUCAACAAAAACAGAACACUCCGCUGGAGACACCUGUUGGAUACACGUGGAUUCCAAUGCUGCAGAAUGGACGCUUAAGAACGGGACAUUUCUGCUUACCAGUGUCUUUGGAGAAACCGCCUCAAUCUUACUCUGUUCUGUCCCCCGACGUUCCUCUUCCUGGCAUGAAGUGGGUGGAUAAUCACAGAGGAGUGUUCAAUGUUGAAGUUGUGGCUGCGUCCACCAUCCACACACAGGACCAGUAUUUAGAUAAGUUCUUUGCUCUGGUGCAUGCUCUGGAUGAGCACAUGUUCCCUGUGAUAGGAGAUAUGCGCAUUAUGGAGAAUAACUUGGAGGCCGAGCUGAAAUCCAGCAUUGCAGCUUUGAAUUCCUCUCAGCUGGAGCCUGUGGUGCACUUCCUUCACCUUCUGCUGGAUAAACUGGUGCUGCUGAUGGUGCGACCACCUGUUAUAGCCGGCCAGAUAGUGAAUCUUGGUCAGGCAUCUUUUGAAGUGAUGGCAUCUAUAGUCAACCGUCUGCACAAAUACUUGGACACCAGUCAGGAUAUGCAUGGUCGAAACAGCCUCCUCUCCUCAUAUAUCCACUAUGUCUUCCGUCUGCCCAACGUUGAUCCCAACUCCCCUUCUCCAGGUCCUGGAGGAUUGGGCGGCUCUGUGCAUUAUGCCACAAUGGCCCGUUCUGCUGUUAGACCCACAAGUCUCAACCUAAAUCGCUCUCGUAGCCUUAGCAACAGUAAUCCAGACAUCUCUGGCACUCCCACAUCCCCAGAUGAUGAAGUACGGUCUAUCAUCGGCAGUAAGGGCUUAGAUCGCUCCAACUCCUGGGUGGAUACCAUGGGGUGCAAAAGCGCCCCCUGGGGGACCAGCCCUGGCUCAACAUCUGAUGCUAAGCAGGCCAUGGAGCGCAGUGGCAAUCGCAUGUCAUCGCACACUGAGAGCGCCAGUUUCUUGCAAACAUUAACAGGACGCUUGCCGACCAAAAAGCUUUUUCACGAGGAGCUUGCCCUGCAGUGGGUGGUGAGCAGUGGCUGUGUGAGGGAAGGAGCUCUCCAACAGGCCUGGUUCUUCUUUGAGCUCAUGGUUAAAAGCAUCAUCCAUCACUUAUACUUCACCGAUCGUCUGGAGUCUCCCAGAAAGCACCGCUUUCCGGAGCGCUUCAUGGAUGACAUCACAGCUCUGGUUAGCACCAUUGCUGGUGACAUCGUCUCACGUUUUCAGAAGGAUCUUGAGUUGGUAGAAAGACUUAACACAAGUUUGGCCUUCUUCCUCAAUGACCUCCUGUCAGUUAUGGAUAGAGGAUUUGUCUUCACUCUCAUCAAAACCUAUUGGAAGCAGGUGUCCACAAAGCUCUAUGCACUACAGAACCCUACUUUGGAGUCUCUGAGAUUGGACUUCCUGAGGAUCAUUUGCAGCCACGAACACUAUGUCACCCUGAAUCUGCCUUUCAGUCUGCUGACACCCCCAGCAUCACCCUCUCCUUCUGUGUCCUCUGCCACAUCUCAGAGUUCUGGUUUCUCUACCCAUGUGCAGGACCAAAAGAUAGCCAAUAUGUUUGAGCUGUCUGUGCCCUUCAGAGAGCAGCAUUAUCUAGCUGGUCUUGUCCUGACAGAGCUGGCUGUUAUUCUAGACCCAGAGGCUGACGGGUCAGUACCCUGGAUGUUUGGUCUCCAUAAGAAGGUCAUAAGCGUGGUCCAUAAUCUGCUUUCCAGUCAUGACUCUGACCCACGCUAUGCUGACCCCGAGGUCAAAGCCAGAGUAGCCCUGCUUUACCUGCCACUCAUUGGCAUUGUCAUGGAAACCCUUCCACAGCUCCAUGAUUUCACUGAAUCACAUAAUCAGUGGGGUCGUCCUGGUACUGAGGAACAGGAAGCUGAGGGUAUGAUCAGCCAGACUGUUGCCAUGGCGAUAGCUGGGACCUCUGUUCCACAGAUGUCACGACCUAGUAGUUUUCUUCUCAAUCCGCAGGCCACCCGCCAACAUGGCUCGUUCUCCGCCGAGUCUAGCCGUAGUCUGCUCAUCUGUCUUCUGUGGGUGCUGAAGAAUGCAGAUGAGAUGGUGCUGCAGAAAUGGUUCACUGACCUGUCUGUCUCUCAGCUCAACCGUCUUCUGGACCUGCUUUACCUCUGUGUCUCCUGCUUUGAAUACAAGGGCAAGAAGGCAUUUGAACGUAUGAACAGUCUAACCUUUAAGAAAUCUAAAGACAUGAAGGCAAAGUUGGAGGAAGCCAUCCUGGGCAGUAUAGGAGCCAGACAGGAGAUGGUGCGGCGGAGCAGGGGGCAGCUGGAGAGGAGUCCAUCAGGCAGUGCUUUUGGCAGUCAGGAGAACCUGCGUUGGAGGAAGGACAUGACCCAUUGGCGUCAGACCAGCGAAAAAAUGGACAAGACCAGAGCCGAACUGGAGCAUGAAGCUAUUAUUGACGGCAAUCUGGCAACCGAAGCUAACCUCAUCAUAUUGGAUACACUAGAAAUAAUAGUUCAGACUGUGUCAGUGACAGAAUCCAAAGAAAGCAUUCUGGGAGGAGUUCUGAAGGUCCUGCUACACAGUAUGGCUUGUAACCAAAGCGCCCUUUAUUUGCAACACUGCUUCGCUACACAGCGUGCUCUCGUGUCCAAGUUUCCAGAGCUGUUGUUUGAGGAAGAGACGGAACAGUGUGCCGAUUUGUGUCUGCGUCUCCUCAGAAACUGUAGCAGCAGCAUCAGCACCAUCAGAGCCCACGCCAGCGCAUCUCUCUACCUCCUCAUGAGACAGAACUUUGAGAUCGGAAACAACUUUGCACGAGUCAAAAUGCAGGUGACCAUGUCUCUUUCAUCUCUGGUGGGUACGUCUCAAAACUUUAAUGAAGAUUUUCUGCGCCGCUCACUCAAGACCAUCCUCACCUAUGCAGAAGAAGAUCUGGAGCUCCGAGAAACCACCUUUCCAGACCAGGUUCAAGAUCUGGUGUUCAACCUGCAUAUGAUUCUGUCAGACACAGUGAAAAUGAAGGAACAUCAGGAAGAUCCAGAGAUGCUAAUUGAUCUCAUGUUCAGAAUUGCAAAGGGCUAUCAGACAUCCCCAGAUCUACGCUUGACGUGGCUGCAGAAUAUGGCGGGGAAGCACUCGGAGAGGAAUAACCAUGCGGAGGCAGCACAGUGUUUGGUACACAGCGCCGCCCUGGUGGCUGAAUAUCUCAGCAUGCUGGAGGACCGCAAGUAUCUGCCUGUGGGCUGUGUCACUUUUCAGAAUAUUUCAUCUAAUGUGCUGGAGGAGUCGGCAGUGUCGGAUGAUGUGGUGUCCCCAGAUGAGGAGGGUAUCUGUUCGGGGAAGUACUUCACUGAGGCUGGCUUGGUUGGGUUGCUGGAACAGGCUGCAGCCUCCUUUUCUAUGGCUGGUAUGUACGAAGCAGUGAACGAGGUAUACAAAGUCCUCAUUCCUGUACAUGAGGCCAACAGGGAUGCUAAGAAGUUGGCCACAAUUCAUGGUAAACUUCAGGAAGCCUUUGGCAAAAUUGUUCACCAGAGCACAGGCUGGGAGCGAAUGUUUGGCACCUAUUUCAGAGUUGGAUUUUACGGUUCCAAAUUUGGCGAUCUGGACGAGCAGGAGUACGUGUACAAAGAGCCGGCUAUAACCAAGCUGGCAGAAAUCUCACAUCGCCUCGAGGGUUUCUACGGUGAACGGUUUGGGGAGGAUCAAGUAGAAGUCAUCAAAGACUCUAAUCCAGUCGACAAGUGUAAACUGGAUCCAAAUAAGGCCUUCAUUCAGAUCACGUAUGUUGAACCGUAUUUUGACACCUACGAAAUGAAGGACAGAAUCACGUACUUCGAUAAGAACUACAACUUGCGGCGGUUUGUCUAUUGCACGCCAUUUACGCUGGAUGGAAGGGCCCACGGUGAUCUGCACGAACAGUACAAACGAAAGACCAUCCUCACAACUUCCCACGCCUUCCCGUACAUCAAGACACGCAUCAACAUCAUCCACAAAGAGGAGAUCAUCUCCACACCCAUUGAAGUAGCCAUUGAGGAUAUGCAGAAGAAGACACAAGAGUUGGCUUUUGCCACUCACCAGGACCCAUCUGAUGCCAAAAUGUUACAGAUGGUUCUGCAGGGGUCUGUUGGCACCACUGUAAACCAGGGUCCUCUGGAGGUGGCCCAGGUGUUUCUGUCUGAGAUCCCAAGUGAUCCUAAACUCUACAGACACCAUAAUAAACUUCGACUGUGCUUUAAAGACUUCACCAAGAGAUGUGAAGAUGCUCUUCGCAAAAACAAGAGUCUGAUUGGACCAGAUCAGAAGGAGUAUCAGAGGGAGCUGGAGAGGAACUACCACAGGCUGAAAGAAGCUCUGCAGCCUCUUAUUAACAGGAAGAUCCCACAGCUGUACAAACCUGUGUUACAGGUUAACUACCACAGAGACUCGUUUAGCAGAGUGAGCCUUCGCAAGCUAGACCUGUGAAGGAGACGAAGGAGAAAAUUCAUGAGCAAAUCCAUUUUUAUUUAUUUGUAAAUAUCUUCCUCAUUACAUAAGUGUUUCUGCCAUAAAGUAAAAAAAAGACACGUGUUUAAAACGUUUGGUACAUCAUUCCAAUUUUGUAUUCGUUUACACAAUGGCCUGUUACAUGACUAUAUAUGAACUGGGAGUGAACUUAGCUUACAAUGUGUCAAAUCUGUAUUCAAUUUCCUGUGUGCACUUUUUUAUUUAAUGUUUUUUUACUUCAUUCCAUUGCAUUUUUAAUAGUCAUGAUACAACUUAAGUUUAUUUAAUCCUAAUGGAGAAAGCAAAAAAGGUUACGAAUUUUUCAGCAUUAUGUAGUUUUCUGUACCUUUUAUUUUAAAUAUUUUACUAAAUAAAUACUCUAACGGUCA